AUGUCUCAGGACGCGCCAGUACCAGAUCUGUCGCAGCUCCCGCCCGAGAUGCUCGAAUUCGCGCUCUUGAAAACCACGGGCGCGCUCGCACCGCGCUUGGGUCGCUUGACUGUGCCUGGGAGGAAGCCCAUCUUGACACCAGCGUUUCUCGGGAACACGUCGCGUGGCGUCAUCCCGCAUAUAUCGCCGGAUAACUUCCGUAAAUAUGCUGGCAACAACGGUGUAUACGUUGCAUUGGAAGACUUCGUAGAGAAACAUCCCCAGAAAACGCCUCCAAUCUUCGAAUAUGACGUCCCCGAGGCGCUGCGCAAAUUUGUCGCCCUUCCGCAAGAUACGCCGCUCGUUCUGGGCGCUCGUCGCACCCCACCUAUACCCUCCCCUGCACCGCAUACGAACACCGAGAUAAGCUUGUUGACGUCUGUGGGUAACAGAUCGAUAAGUUCCGAGUAUUACACCGCCGCAGUGCGGAAGCUGCAACCGGACAUUGUGGUUGGCAUGGCAGACAUUCCCUUUGGCCAGGAAACCAUCGGUAUCAAGAGGAAAGACAAGAUGAGUGAUAGGACUGAGGCAUGGCUGCGCGAUAUGGUAGCAAAAAGGAAUGCCAUUGGGAAAGGCGAGCCGCGGUUCAACAUUUUCGCGCCAUUACUGCCCAUCGAGCGGGACCUACAAUCGUGGUACCUCGAGCACUUGCUAGAAGACAUGGUGGACAGCAUCAGCGGCGUGGCCAUCUACGACGCCUACCUGCUCGACGACUUGCCCGACGCCUUGCACCACCUUCCGCGCCUAUCGUUCCAUGUCCCCGCUAGUCCGCACGAGCUGCUCCGCCAGAUCAGCCUGGGCAUGGACAUCUUGACCGUACCAUUCAUCUCUGCCGCUACCGACGCCGGCAUAGCCCUCGACUUCACCUUCCCGCCCCCCGAGAAGGUAAAUGGGAAUGAAAGACGGGCACUAGGCAUCGACAUGUGGCACGCCGAUCACGCCGUCUCGGUGACGCCCUUGACGAAAGAGUGCCAAUGCUACGCUUGCACUAAGCACCACCGCGCAUAUGUCCAGCACCUUCUCUCCGCCAAGGAGAUGCUCGGCUGGUCACUAAUCCAGGUGCAUAACCAUGCCGUUGUCGAAUCCUUCUUCACUUCCGUUCGCAACUCUAUUGAGGCUGGCACCUUCGAUGCUGAUGUCGCAGCCUUCGAAGCUUUCUACGAGCCGCAAUUACCGGAGAAGACGGGGCAGGGCCCAAGAGUCAGGGGUUACCAGUUCAAGAGUGAAGAGCAUGCCAAGAAAGAGAAAAAGAACGUGAAGAAGUGGAAUGGGGAGAUAGGUGGGGGUGCGAAGGGGAAAAUCGUGCUUAAGGGUGCGCACGGACAGCAGCCGGAGAAGAAGCAAGAGAUGAGGGAUGUCAUCGAUGAUGAAGCGCUCAUAGGCCUUGUGGGAAUGGAGGACGAGACGGGACCGUUACAGCUGGAUGACUUGAAGAUUGAGGACGAUGGGAAGGCUUGA